CUCAAUCCAGAUAUGGCAUCAAUCAAUACUACUCUGACAUCAGUUGUGUGCAAGAACGACAACCAUUUUGCUCCCUCAAAGUUUGCACAUACUUCUUUCCUGCCUGGGUUUGAUGUGGUUGGACAUGGGUCUGUCAUGCGGAAGAAGGAAAUAUGUCCCACUUCCAUUUCAGCCUGUAAAGCUACAUUAACCUUUGAUCCCCCAGCAACAAAUUCAGAGAAAACCAACCAAAGGAAGCACACAGUAGAUCCUGCUGCCCCAGACUUCCUUCCCCUUCCUUCCUUUGAACAAUGUUUUCCAAAAAGCACAAAAGAAUCCAGGGAUGUUAUUCAUGAUGAAUCUGGCCAUGUGCUCAAAGUUCCAUUUCGAAGGGUUCACCUAUCUGGGGAUGAACCCCAUUUUGACACCUAUGACACCAGUGGUCCCCAGAACGUUAGCCCACGCAGCGGACUUCCUAAACUGCGCAAAGACUGGGUUGAUAGGCGAGAGAAGUUAGGCGGACCAAGAUACACUCAGAUGUUCUAUGCUAAGCAGGGAAUUAUAACAGAGGAAAUGGUGUUCUGCGCAGCUCGUGAGAAGCUUGACCCUGAGUUUGUGAGAGCAGAGGUUGCCCGUGGUCGUGCUAUCAUCCCUUCCAACAAGAGGCACUUGGAGUUGGAGCCAAUGGUAGUCGGGAGAAACUUCUUGGUGAAAGUGAAUGCAAAUAUUGGGAAUUCUGCUGUUGUGAGCUCCAUUGAGGAAGAAGUUCACAAGCUUCAAUGGGCAACAAUGUGGGGUGCUGACACUGUUAUGGAUCUCUCCACAGGCCGCCACAUCCAUGAAACCCGUGAAUGGAUCCUACGUAACUCUGCUGUACCAGUGGGGACUGUCCCAAUUUAUCAAGCACUUGAAAAAGUGAAUGGAAUCGCAGAGAAUCUGAACUGGGAAGUUUUCAGAGACACCUUGAUUGAGCAAGCGGAGCAGGGUGUAGAUUAUUUCACAAUCCAUGCUGGCGUCCUGCUUCGAUAUAUCCCAUUAACAGCAAAACGAAUGACUGGAAUUGUUUCUCGCGGGGGAUCAAUUCAUGCAAAGUGGUGCUUAGCUUAUCACAAGGAGAACUUUGCUUAUGAUCACUGGGAUGACAUAUUAGACAUAUGUAAUCAAUAUGAUAUAUCAUUGUCAAUAGGUGAUGGACUGAGACCUGGGUCAAUUUAUGAUGCCAAUGACACUGCUCAGUUUGCAGAGCUAUUAACUCAAGGAGAAUUGACACGUAGAGCUUGGGAAAAGGAUGUGCAGGUUAUGAAUGAAGGGCCUGGACAUAUUCCGAUGCACAAAAUUCCUGAGAACAUGCAAAAACAACUAGAGUGGUGUAGUGAAGCACCCUUUUACACUCUUGGACCUUUGACUACUGACAUUGCUCCCGGAUAUGAUCAUAUCACCUCAGCCAUUGGCGCUGCCAAUAUUGGGGCUCUAGGCACUGCACUCCUCUGUUAUGUGACACCUAAAGAACACCUUGGUUUACCUAAUCGUGAUGAUGUGAAAGCUGGAGUUAUAGCAUAUAAGAUAGCUGCUCAUGCGGCUGAUCUUGCAAAGAGUCACCCACAUGCUCAAGCCUGGGAUGAUGCACUAAGCAAGGCAAGGUUCGAGUUUCGAUGGAUGGAUCAGUUUGCUUUGUCAUUGGAUCCCAUGACUGCCAUGUCAUUCCAUGAUGAAACCUUGCCAUCAGAUGGCGCUAAAGUGGCUCAUUUCUGCUCUAUGUGUGGGCCUAAGUUUUGUUCUAUGAAGAUAACAGAAGAUGUACGGAAGUAUGCCGAGGAGCAUGGUUAUGGGAAUGCUGAGGAAGCUGUGAAGCAUGGAAUGGAAGCUAUGAGUGCAGAGUUCUUGGCCGCUAAGAAGACUGUGAGUGGGGAACAACAUGGUGAGGUUGGUGGAGAAAUCUACUUGCCAGCAAAUUACAUAAACUCUAUGAAGAUCUGAAGGGAGUGCUGGUUUGAAACUUCUGGGAGCAUUGGCAUGCGAUUUUGACCAAUCAAGAAUGGAGUUUAGGGAUUUAUCUUUCAAGCCUUUGGUGAGUUCAUGUUUCAGUUUGAUUUAUAAAUUGAGACAAACUGAUCUUCUUUGUUUAAGGAUGUCUUAGUGUUCUGUAAUAAAAAUCACUUUCACAAUCUGUUCUUCAUAAUUGUUUUGCUCGUUCAUUGACGUA